GCAUGAUCCUGUAUCUGAAUUUGUUGUUAACCAAAUACAUUAACCAUUUGUAGCGUAUGCCUUUUUGCAUAUAGAUUAUGUUUUAUAAGAUGAACAUGUACUAUAAUCAAUACAUGAAACACCAUCAGUAGUACAUUUUUAUUAUAAAUUUUGAGAGGCAGAUUCACAUUCAGUAUGUGUUGGAUAAUUGAAAUCAGAACAUAUAGAAUUCCUACAUAGUUUCUCUUAAGAAUUCCAAGAACAAGGUUAAUUUUUAUGAUUUAAUUUACAUGCUUCUUAUGUUGUAUAUGCAGAACACUCACUAAUUGGAACACAUCCAGUAAUACCAUUAGAUGUACAUUUAUAAUUAGCUUUAUAACAUUGAUCAUGAGUUAAAUAAUAUGCAUCAGUACAGGAGUUAAAUUUUUAACAUAUUGUUUUAGUGUCAUUAAUUGCAAUAACAGUUUACAUACAUGUUCCAUCAUAACCAGUAACACAACCACCAUUUGUAUUUGUUUCAGAACAUUAAGUAAUAGGAAUACAUUUAGUACCAUCAGUAGUACAUAAAGGGGAAAUCUACUUACAUUACUCAUUAGUAUUCCAUUGAAUACUUUAACAAGAAUUAUAUUUAUAACAUUUUCCUUAAGGUUAUUAAUUAGAAACCUUAUUAACUAUCCAUAAACAAGGUCCAUCUAAUCCUACUAUGCAAGCAUCAAUUAUUUGAGUAUUUUCACAAUUUUAGAUUUCUACACAUUAUGA